CAACCAGCAUGGCGACGGAGAAGCGUUUCUUCGCCCCUCAUCUGCUUAAGCUAGUUUAGACUUUUACUUUGACGUUACUUGAUUGUUUUUAUUUCGUCAACAUGUUUACAGUUAAGUACACGGACGUUUCUGGAUGUAUCCGAGCUCUGUCGUCGCUGUCCCGGAAUAUUUCUGCGGAAAAUGGGAUACGCUGAGUGUAACGUUAUCAUGGAAUCGAGAAUAGGGAGUGUAUCUUCUGGACUGGGGUGCAGCCCCUCUGCAAGAGGACAGACUUUGAAAAGUAGCCCUUUCUGUCCUCGCUCCUCCAGCAAGUUGACACAAUCCAUCAUUAAGGAUCACAUGGUGUCUCAUUACAAAAAGGUUUACUCAGCGAAAGCUGCCAUUGAUGCCUCAGUACCGAAAAGCCUGCUAUAUAGUGUGAAGUACAAUGAUCAGAUCAGGCAGGAGCAGCUCAGGAAAGGUGGUCGUCCUCAUUCAGCUCACUCACUCUCACAGAGGACCAGCAGAACUUCCUGCUCCUCAGCCCAGAGUAGAUUAUCUGUGCAGUAUGAUGACAACCCCUACCUCCACUCAAGGAGCUCCAUGAUGUCCAGCCCAAGGUUCAGCACCAGCUUUAAUGCAAAGGAGAUAGUUUAUCCAUCGUGUAAGGUCAAUUCUCAUCACAUUCACCCAGCAUCAGAAAUUAAGUACCGGAGCCCAGAGGCAGCUGUGCAGAGGAAGCAGUCAACGUGUUCACUGGGAGCUUCAGGAGAUCAAAGUUGCUACAAGACAUUCCAGGACCCCGUUCAGAAGACAUACGGCGGAGAUUUGCUCCAGAAACAUUCACAGCACUUUACCAGAGACAAACCAUUCACUCCUAAGACUCUGAAAUCAGAUAAGAGUUCAUACCUGUCAAAAUAUCGCUACUACAGAGCACCACAAAGGAAACCUACUCAGGACUGCAGCAGCUCAAGACUGAUGCGACAGGAGACAUAUCAUGGAAGCACAAAAAACAAGGAACACAAAGGGGAAUUUGAUGAGCCAUCUCAGGAAUAUGUUACAGAGCAUGAGUGGUCUGAGGAUGAGUUCAAUGGCACAUAUUUAUCAUCAUCGAGACAACAGAGUCGAACAGCCAAGAGCAGAGAGCGUCAUUUCUUAGACUCCUCACCCAGGUUCUCGCCAGAGAGAGGAAAGUCUCCUAAUAUGAGGAAUAUAUCUGCAGAGGAAGAAGAAUUAAUGUACCUUGAAUUCAUUUCUGCUGUAACAGAAGAUAUCUUGUCCAGGGGGCACAUAUCUGACAGGGUCCUGGACCGGGUGAUAAAUCGGCAUAUUGACAUGAAUCUACAUAAGCUUGAUGAGGGUAAAAUGCGCCACCUUCUGGAAGUUUUGCGUAAAGAUUUUGAAGAACCAACCAACAUGUCCACCUCCAGUACAGAACUUGAAAAGAAGAACGAUCUGCUUGAUACACUUCUACCACAUCUGGAUUCAGAGGGGAAACAAGUAAAAACCAAAGAAAACAAUGACCUGUUUCCUUAUGCGUCACUGAUUGAAAACUUUGACUCGCCAGAAAAUGCUCGUCCCUUACUGAUGUCUACGCCCUUAAGUUCUCCUGAGGCAACAGCUUCACCAGCUGAAAUGAAGGCUGACGACAAGGAGCAUGCUGAGGAUGAUGAAAAGGGCCCUGGCUCUCCAUUGCUGAGUGAGCAUGUUACCGAUAACACAGGAAACAGUGAGGAGGACUUCCGGCACGUAGACACAACUGCAACCAACCGUGUCAGCAACGAAAACAAUGAAUACGCCACCACAGCCAGCGAUCAAGACCAAGCUGACAGCCAUUACGAUGGACAAUCUGAGGAGCUAGAGGAUCUGGGAAGACGUUUGUCAGAGUCGCUGCACGUGUCCAGCAAGACACACUGUGAAAAUGCAGAGAAUGCCAGUGAGCAACUUACAAAUACAGUUGCCUCUGUUAGUGAUGAUGAAUUCUAACUUUUGCUGUAUUCAGGGAUUGAAUGCCCACGGGUGUUUUAUUACCAGCCGAUUGUUGUUACAGAGAGAAAUUUACUAUUUGAAUUUUCUAAAAGUAUAGUUUUGUAAAAAUGAUUUAACACUGUUUUCUGUGUUUUAUAAGCAGCACUAAAGAGGUGUUGUAGUUGUUUUGAUUUUUUAAAAAGAUAUUUUUUACAGAAGCACAAUGAAAAUGUCACACAAUUAAAAGACUGGAAUGUCUUACGUUGUAAAAUUGGUACAUGUUUGAUUGAUGCUGCAACUGAAUUUCAGAGUAAUGCGCUAAAUUGUAUCUAAGUUAUUGCCCCAUGGUAUUAUAAUUUGCAGAUUUGCAAAGGAUAGAUGUGUGGAAUUAGUGGCAUCCUUUAGUUUGAGAGUGAAUUGCAAGUGACUCUUAAGUAUGAUGUAGCUGCAGUAAACAUGUUCAGACUGUAGAAAAAAAGAAAUCUGAGAUAACAAAAUGUAGCCUAAACUUGUUCAGCUGACAUCAGCCUCUGACACGUAGCUAAUAGGAGUUGACUGUCACCAGAAAGUGUCUUUCCAAUUGCAAUAAAUUUUCUAUUCUUCUGCUCUUUGUA